AUGGAAAAUCCUCGUAUCGUGAUAGGACUCGACUUCGGCACCACCUAUAGCGGGGUCGCCUGGGCGCUGAGUGACUGCCCUGACAAGUCUGAAGUGAUUACCUCAUGGCCGGGAAGCGGUAACAGAACGGUCCCCAAAGUGCCCAGCACCAUGCUAUUCAAGUGCGGGGGACGGUUUCAGUGGGGCUAUCAGACCAGCUUCUUUGGGGACCAUAUCCGAGGGGUGAAGAUCCUCCUCGACGGGUCCCAGGACCGAAAAUACGUGGCGGCUCUGGAAUCUGCCGGAUUCAUUAAACGGAACCGGAAAACGGCCAUCGACUUGGCUGGUCAGUAUCUGGAGCAGUUGGUGUUGCAUACUGAAACCAUUCUCCAACGGCGAUUUGGUACCGCUGUACAAGGCAUGGAGAUGCGUUAUGUGCUGACCGUGCCGGCCGUCUGGUCGGACAAGGCCAAGGACGCAACCUUGAAGGCCGCUCUGAAAGCGGGUAUCUCCCCUCAAAAUGUCUCUUUGGUGUCCGAGCCCGAGGCGGCAGCCUUACACUGUAUGGGUGUCAUCCAACCCAAUUCGAUCCAGGAUGGCGAUGUAGUCGUAGUGUGUGAUGCGGGUGGCGGUACUGUGGAUCUCAUCUCGUAUUGUGUGAAAUCGGUCUCGCCACUGCGUCUGGAAGAAGCAGUCGAGGGCACAGGUGGCAUCUGUGGAUCCAUGAUGCUGGAUGUUGGAUUCACCAAUUUCCUCAAGAGCUUGCUGGGCAGGAAAAUCCCCGACAAGGCUCGCGAAAUUGCGUUGCGAUUUUGGCAGGACAAUAUCAAGCCCAACUUUGCGAACGACCCGGACUUUCUGGAGGAGAUCCACUUUGUGCCUCUUCCGGGGGUGAAAGAUUGUUCAAAGAUUGGCUUACAAGAUGGGUUUCUCCAAAUGGAUGGAACUCAGAUCAAGGCCAUCUUUGAUCCGAUCGUCGGGGAGGUCCAAACCCUGGUUUGCGACCAGGUUACCAAAGCCCGAGCCUCGGGCACGUCGGUCAAGGCGAUCCUUUUGGUCGGAGGAUUCGGGUCAUCGGAAUAUCUCUACCAGUGCAUCCAGAAAGCCCACGAUCCUAUAAUUGUGAUGCAGCCGCCCAACUCGCCUAGUGGCGCGGUUCGACAUGGCAUUGAGGACAACCAAGUCGGAAAGCGCAUUGCGAGGCGCCACUAUGGGAUUCUGUAUCGCAGCUGUUGCCCCGAAUAUCUGGUGAGAUACCCCGUCGCUGCACGUACGUGGUGCACGUUCAAGGAGAAGUGGUAUGUUCACAAUCUGAUGCGGUGGUAUAUCCAAAAGGGCGAGGAACUUUUGGAAAACCAGCCCAUCCGAAUGACUUUUGAGCGGGUUCUGCCAUAUGGUAGAGAGCCGAUUUUCUACGACCGGCUUUAUCUUUGCGGCAACUAUGAAGCCCCGGAGCGUCUCAACGAUGAGACCGUCUGGGUGUGUGAAAUGAAGAGCGACCUGCGCGGGAUCCCAACGAGUCUCUUUCUGCAACGGAUUAAUUCCAAGGGGGAGCAAUAUUACAGUAUUCAACACGACUUGAUCAUGACGCCACUGUCGGGUACGAUUAAGUUCGAGCUGGAGUUCAACGGAGCGUCGUAUGGGCAGGUUGAGACCACAUACUAG